AUGACUGACGUCACAGUCUCCCAAACGGCCUUGAAGGACAUACUCGAGGAAGCCCGUCCUGACUUGUCGCCAUUCGAAGACAUCUAUCGUGAUAUCCACAGUAAUCCCGAAUUGUCCUUCUGCGAAGAACGAACGUCUGCCAUUGCGGCGCAGCAUCUGAAAGAAAUCGGCUACGAGGUACAUACACACAUUGGCGGCUACGGCGUUGCGGGCGUUCUGAAAAAUGGUGCUGGACCUACAAUCCUGCUUCGGGCAGACAUGGAUGCACUCCCAGUGCAGGAGAAAACAGGGCUUCCAUAUGCCAGCACGAAAGUCGCCAGAAACAAGGACGGGGUCGAGGUCCCCGUAAUGCACGCCUGCGGUCAUGAUACCCACGUCGUCAGCCUGAUGGCGAGUGCUUCGCUCCUACAAUCGGCCAGAACGCACUGGACGGGCACUUUAAUCUGCCUAUUUCAACCGGCAGAGGAGCUCCUAUCAGGAUCUAGAGCGAUGAUAGAUGACGGUCUCUAUGACAAAAUACCCGCCCCGGAUGUGGUACUGGCAGCGCAUGUGAUGCCACUCAAAGCCGGCACCGUCGGGAUCCGCUCGGGUCGGCUGCUAACCGCUGCAGAUUCAUUUAAUGUACGCAUCUUUGGAAAAGGUGGACAUGGUUCAGCGCCCGAGGCUUGCAUUGACCCCGUUGUUACUGGAGCAGCCAUCAUCCUGAAGCUGCAGACCAUAGUAGGACGGGAGGUGCCUCCGGGACAGCUGGCUGUGGUCACUUGUGGCUACAUUCAAGCUGGUAUAGCAGCGAAUGUCAUCCCGGAUACCCUGGACUUCAAGCUUGAUGUGCGGACAUGCGACGACUCCAUCCGCGAGCGUGUAAUACGUGCGAUCAAGCGCAUCAUCCGCGCCGAAUGCGAGGCGGCCGGCUGUGAGAAGGAACCGCAAAUCGACCAUAUCAUGUCAACCCCGGCCACGAUCAAUGAUCAUGCUACCGUGCGAGCGUUAUGCAAUACAUUCGGCUCUUACUUCGGAAAUCGGCUCGUCGAGUCUGACCCGGCAGGUGCCAGCGAGGAUUUCUCCUUACUAGCCAGAGCUGUGAACGCGCCGUACGUGAUGUGGACUUAUGGCGGCAUCGAUCCAGAGACAUGGGAUAAUGCAGUCAAGAAUGACACGGUGAAAGACCUCCCGAGUAAUCAUUCUCCGUUCUUCGCCCCAGUGGUCCAGCCCACCCUGCAAACGGCCGUGGAUGCCAUGUCCCUCGGCGCGCUGACAUUCCUGAAGCGAAAUUGA